GAAGUCCUUCAUUGGGAAAUGCCCCCUCACCUCAUUCACCUCACCUCUUGCGGAACUUUUAUCAAGAAGAGAAGAUCCAUCGUUUGGUUAUAAUUUUUGAGCGACGCAUGCAGACGGGAUGGCAUGUUGACAACGUUCUAGCAAAUCAGUAUACCUAUUUCGUUCUUGAUUAAGCGGAAUUCCAACACCGGGAGGCCUGCACUUUUCUUAUAUAAUCAGCAGCAUCGGUAUACUACCUAUCAUAAUGUUAAAUAAAACUGACGUCUCAGAUCAGAUUACUGGUCUAAGACCGAAAGUGAGACAGGCAGCUGUUCAUCUAGCACACCAUCUCACAAAGGAAAUUAAAAAAUGUCAAGGGAGGAAAGGUCCAAAGGCUGAGAAGUUUCACAAGAAAGCUGAAACAUAUCGUAAAGAAGUACUUCUUCUCAAGAAAAUUAAAGAAGAUUCUGUAAGUCGUUAUGCACUAAGAAUGGACUUUAGUGAGCGAGAAAAACUCCUGGGUGAUAUCAACCUACCCCUGGAAACCAAAGUUAUUGUGAAAUUAGCAACCCACAAUUCAGUCGCCAGUCAUAUUAAAAGUUUCAGGGAGAAACACCCCGAUUGGGCAAGUAAACUACCAAAUCUAUUAGAAACCCUUGGAAUUCGAGCUAAAUUUAAAAAGAAAAUUCAGAAGGAACAGGAAAAACAGAAGCGCAAGCUUUCUCGCAAACAGGCAACAAGUGAAGGAUCUCAUGAAGAUGAUGGAAAGUUACUCAAACAGAAAACUACUUCAGAAGCACUGAAGAAGUCCUCAAAGAAAAUUGAGAGUUCAGGGGAGGGAGCGAGUAAUAGUGAUAUUGAAAACAGUGAUUCAGAAAGUGAUGUCCUUCAAUCAUCUGACGAUGAAAAUGUACUUGAAAUCAGUACUGAUAAAUUUCAUAAUUGUGCUGAAGAGGAGGAAGAUGGUCAGGAGGAGGAGGAGGAGGAGGAGGAGGAAGAUGGGGAUGAGGAAGAUGAUGAUGACAAUGAUGCUGAAGACUCAUCAGAUAGUGAAGAUUCAAUUUUAUCAGGUAGUGAAAAUGCGAUUUCUUCAGAAAGUGAAGAUGCAAUUUCAUCAGAUAAUGAUGCUAUUGAUGUUAAUAAUAAAUGUGACAAAGGGAAAAAUAAGACUUUAAAACUUUCAAAAAGUAAAUCAGAUGACUUCAUUCCUAUGAAGUCUAGAAGUAAGUUUGCUGAGGUUCGACGCUUUUCAGACUUAAUUGGAGAGAAAACUAUACUUAAAGACAGGAAAGAACCGGAAUCUAUCUCACCAAACCUAGAUGAAAAUUCUGAAAACGAAUUGGGCGAUAAUGAAGCAGUUGAAGAGGACACUUUUUUUAUGACUGGCGAAAACAGGUUUUUAAAAACAACUGCUGUCAAAAGGGAAAAUGGGGUGGGGUUAGAGUCAUCAAGAAGAAAUGCUAAAGACAUUGACGAAGAACCUAACCAAUGGUCUAUCAAUGGAAAGAUUCUAAAAGGUAAUCGAGCUGAACGACGUGCCAAAUUCUUAGGAAGAGAUUUAAAAAAGAGAAAACCUAGACAACUGGAUAAGUCCAAAGACUUCACUAGACCAGCUCAGAAAGAAAAAAAAGCUGGUGGCUCAUUUAGUAAGUUUCCUUCUAUGGAUAAAAGCGUUGAUGGUAAGCCAUUUAAACACCAACAAUUUGACAGAAAGCCUAAGAAUGGAAAAGAAUUCCCAGAGAAGAAAGGAAACAUCUCUGGCAAGAGUAGUCAAAAUGCAUCUAGUGCUAGUGAAGCUCUGCACCCAUCGUGGGAGGCAAAAAGGAAGCAAAAGGUUUCGCUCGACAAUUUCCAAGGAAAGAAGAUUAAAUUUGAUGAUUAACCUUUUUUAUUUUCAAACCAAUAAUUAUAUGAUGAGCCUUAAAUGAAACGAGAAAAAAAGUAGAAACAACCUAUGUAUUCAA